AUGGCACGAACGGUGUAUGGCAUCGGCGUGGACGUGGCGCUUAUCGCGCGCUUUGAACGGAGUUACGCGCGUUUUGGGAAGCGGUUGCUCACCCGAGCGUUCCACCCGAUCGAGAUCAGCGAGUUUUACGCACGAGCCGGAACUGAUCGUGCGACGUAUUUGGCUUCUCGAUGGGCCCUCAAGGAGGCGACGUUCAAGGCUUUUCAGCGCUACCGGGUGCAAUUCCCUGACAUCUACGCGGUCCAAAGGGGCCUCGACAGUUGUGCUGCAGUUCCCACGGCUCUACCAGUGACGGAGAAGUCCAAGGCACUGCGGAUCGAGUUCGCCGGGGAGACAAAGGGACUUGCCAAGCAGCUGCGACUAGUGGAGCCGCUGGUGUCGAUCUCACAUGAUGGAAACUAUGCUGUAGCUUACGUGCUACUGCAGCAGGAGGUCGACGAGGUGAUGGGGGAAGGACAUCCACGACUGCUGGAAGAUGGUGGAGCUCAGCAACCGCCUGGCACCACCUAG